AUGCAAUCUGUUGGCACUGUUCAGUCAUACCUCCAGCUACAUCAGCUGAGUGAGUACUCCACUCGCGAUCUCGGUUGGAUCAGCGGAAUCUUCACCUCCCUUGCACUAUUCCUUGGAAUCCAAGCCGGACCAUUGAUGGAUGCCUAUGGCACGAAGUGGCUGGCUCCCAUCUCCGUGGCACUCUAUGUCCCCGUGUUUUUCAUCAUGGGCGAAUGCACGCAAUACUGGCACUUCAUUCUCUGCUUAGGAGUACUAGGCGGUAUCGGCGGAGCCCUCACAUCCACAGUCGCGGUGGCAGUCAUCGGAAAGCUCUUCAGCCGUCGCAAGGGGCUUGCCAUGGGAGUCGCCCUGUCCGGAUCCUCAUUUGGAGGCGUGACCAUCUCGAUGAUGCUUCGGUCCAUUCUGCCUAGACUGGGCUGGCAGUGGUCCAUGAGAAUCAUGGGCUUCCUAGUUCUUGGAAUUAUGGUUGUGGGCGUCUUAUGCUUUCUUCCCUAUCCUCGCCUAUCCACUCCUGUCUCUGGAGCACCUGUUGGGAAAGUAGGAGCUCUGCUCAAUUUCUCGGCCUUUCGCUCCCCGCCGUUUGGAUUUAUGGCUGGUGGCCUCUUCAUGCUCGAGUUCGUUCUCUUUGGAAUCACUGGCCUACUGCCUACUUUUGCCAUUGCUGCAGGCUUCCCUUCCAAUAUCGGGUUCUCCCUUGUGGCCAUUCUUAACGGCACUUCAUGUUUCGGUCGCAUCAUGACCGGCGUGAUCGGCGAUAGAAUUGGUCACCUCAACAUCCUCCUCAUUAUGAUAGGUAUCACCAUUGUAUUUACCGGGGUUGUUUUCGUGCCUUUCGGAACCAAACAUAUCGGUGCCCUGUAUGCCUUUGCCGCGCUUUGGGGCUAUGGAUCAGGAUCCUUCCUCUCGAGCACGCCAGGUAAGAGACAGCAAUGA